CAAAGUAAGACGCUAGUACAAACGUCAUCAGCGGCCGAUUUUGGAUAUGGAUGAUAUCGUUUUCAAGUACAGUGGAUUCAACAUUUGCAUUUAAUUCAAAGAGCUCUUCAAUGCAUUUUCGUAUAGUUUGAUUUGGUCUACUUCCCCCGUUAAUUCGGCUUUUAAUUUAGGACCAUGAAGCUGAUCAUCCUGAAUGAUUAUGACCAAGUUGGUGAGUGGGCUGCCAAGUACAUCAGGAAUAAAAUCCUUCGCUUCAACCCUGGACCAGACAGAUUCUUCAUUCUAGGACUUCCCACAGGAGGUACUCCUCUGGGAUGCUAUAAGAAGCUGAUUGAGUUUCAUAAGAAAGGAGAGAUCUCUUUCAAGUAUGUCAAAACGUUCAACAUGGACGAGUAUGUGGGUAUUCCUAGGGAUCAUCCAGAGAGCUACCAUUCCUUCAUGUGGAAUAAUCUCUUCAAGCACAUUGACAUCAAAUCGGAGAACACCCAUAUUCUGGAUGGCAACGCUGCCAACCUUGUAGAGGAGUGUGAUUCCUUUGAGGAGAAGAUCAAAGCAGCUGGAGGAAUUGACCUCUUUGUUGGAGGUAUUGGACCGGAUGGCCACAUUGCCUUCAACGAGCCAGGCUCCAGUCUAUUGUCCAGGACCAGAGUGAAGACCCUGGCUCAGGACACCAUCCUGGCCAACGCACGCUUCUUUGACGGAGAUCUGUCUAAAGUACCCACCAUGGCUCUGACUGUGGGAGUGGCCACUGUCAUGGACGCCAGAGAGGUCAUGAUUCUCAUCACAGGAGUACACAAAGCGUUUGCCCUGUACAAGGCCAUAGAGGAAGGGGUGAACCACAUGUGGACGGUGUCGGCCUUUCAGCAGCACCCUCAGACUGUGUUUGUGUGUGACGAGGAUGCUACCCUGGAACUGAGGGUUAAAACUGUCAAGUACUUCCAAGGGAUGAUGCAUGUGCACAACAAGUUGGUGGAUCCACUGCCUCCCAAAGAAGACGAGGGCGUUGCAAAAACAUCGGGAAACCUGCAAUAACCAGGAUGCCGGACCCUCCAGGAUAUGACAGUGGCCACGGGUGGAGGAUCAACUGUGUGUGUUGUACUUAAAGUUACAUUUUAUGUAACAUAAUAGUAUGCCUACUUGUUAGUAGGCUACAUUUGAUUAUGUAAUCCAUUUAUCUUCGAUAAUAAAAAAAAACAGUUAUCUUAGUUCCAUUGUUAAAUUCGAUACAAAACUUGACUUUGAAUGUAUUUUGAAUGUGUUAUUGUAAUAAAAAUAACUCUGAGAAUGA